UAAAGCCCCAGAGCUUCUGCCUUGCGCCUCCAGGUUUUCUGCUCCUCCCCAACCUCUCCGAAGGAUGUGCCCCUCUGGCAGUGUCGGGGCUCCCAGCCCGAGGGUGGGGGGAGGGCGCCUCCCUAUCCCUCCUCCCCAUCCCCGCCUCGGCUGCGCUCGGGCUUUUACUGCAGUAGCCGGAGGUGACAGGGACGCCUCAGCCUCCUCGGCUGCUCUCAGAAGCCGGCUUCCCCAGCAUCGCCAAGGUCCUGCACCUGAGAGGCCGAGCCCGGGGGGGUGCUACGAGCCGCAGGAAACCGAAUUUUAGAAUGUGGAAGUCGCAGGGCGGCAUACCUCCCGGGACCAGCCCGAGCGCCCAGCGCUGACAGCCGGAGGCAGCCUGUGGGAAGUUGGGACCGUAGAGCAAAGGGGGAGGGGAGUGGUGCAGCUCUGCGAGGAGUCGCUGGAGCAGCGCGGUUGGACACAAGUUUGCGUGGGAGUGUUUUCCUUUUGUCAAUAAUUAAUCGGUCUGGCAGAUUGGAGUUUUGGCAAUAGGGCAGGCGGCGGGGCCGAACACCCCACUCUGGGAAGCUCGGAGGCGCCGGGCGCCGGGGGAAGCUCGCAGCAUCUGGAGAGGCGCCAAGGCGCUGGCGCUCACCUAAGCCGCAGAGAGGUACACCCAACCGGGAGAUGAAGAAACAACAGUCCAGAGAGGAGAAGUAACCCAGAAUUAUUCCGUGGAGGAGCAAGAACAAGAACCCAAGCCUGGACCCUCCUAGGCAGGACGGGCCUUCUGUAGCUUGAAGUAGCCAACCAUGGAUUUCAAGCGUGUGAAGGACUAUUUCUCCUGGCUCUACUAUCAAUACCAAAUCAUCAGCUGCUGUGCUGUCCUGGAGCCCUGGGAGCAAUCCAUGUUCAAUACCAUCUUGCUGACCAUUUUUGCUAUGGUGGUGUAUACUGCCUAUGUUUUUAUCCCAAUCCACAUCCGCCUGGCUUGGGAAUUUUUCUCCAAAAUCUGUGGCAUUCACAGUACACUUUCGAGUUGAUCUUGGUUGCAUUCUGUGAAUUGGCAGUGAACAUGUAUAUGUUGCUUACAACUCCUUGUUUUAGGUGAUUACUGUGUCUUUUUUCACUUUCUGAUUUAAAAAGCUCUCACUUCUCUAUGCACUCUUAGGUCCUGCCUGAAAUUUGAGAUAGAUGCCUCUUUAGGUUCUUUUGUACAUGUUACAUUGUGCAUUAGACCAAGAUAAUACAAUGACCUUACCUCACGUACCAUAUUUUCUCAACUUAAAUCUAUGACUUUAGUUGUUUUUUUAAAUCAGGAAAUUUCAUAUAAAAUUUUUCUGGAAAGUAGGCUUAUGAGACCUAUCAGAAUCAUGUUUAAAAUAUCUGCUCCCUUGAUACCUAUUCUAUACUAAAGGAUAUAUUUUUAAAAAUGUGUUCAUAGGCUACUGUCAAAAGUAUCAGAUCCUUGUUUACAAUAUAAAGAUGUGAAUAAAUUAUAUGGGCCCCCUAAA